UACCUGAGUUUACUUAUUUCCUCCUCCCUACCACUUCAUUUUCCUUUUGAGUUGUGUCACGUUUUGUAAGCUUGAAGGCAGGGAUUGCCUGGGUGGCAGUGAUUUGUAAGCCACACUGGGAGUUUUUUAGUUUUUCCUCAAGUGCAAGAUAUUUUUUUAAACAACAACAAACAACAACAACAACGCCUAACUAAUUAAAAUAACAAUAGACAGGAUAAUGUUCUGUUUUGAGUCUAAUUCAUGAUAGUUGGGUUUAAACUGAUUGUAAGAGUGAGGAAUUAGCUAGGAUGUGCUGAUAGUGUCCAAUUUUUACAUGCAAUUGAUGUUGAGAGCUGACGUGUCUCAUAGUGACUAAGAGUCUGGUUUUGGGGGUGAAUGGAUGUGGAAACAAUUCUUAAUGGGGGCUAAACACAAUCCCUGUUUCCUUCCUUGUCUAUGGUUCAGAUCUCACCUCUCAGCUGUGACCUCACGAAGUAGCCAUGGGCAUCUGUUCUCAGUCUCCCAAUUUUGAUACAGGGUUACGCUGCAGCUGGUGAUAAUUAUCUGACCCAUAUCAUAGGGUUGUUAUGAGGAUUAUUGAAAUAAUGGAUGGGAAGUACUUAGUAAUAAACAAAUAAACCCUAUUAUUAUUAUUAGUUCAAGUAGGGAGCACUGCAUUUUAAUGGGUAACUGAUCAGUAUUUAAUUCACUGAAAUGUGCGCCCUUAAAAGGCACAGCUAGGAAUGGCUGGCCUCCUUGAAAUUUUGCAUUCAGCCUCUUUCUGUUGGGUCUUUGUUGCCAUGGCUGUGCUUGAAAUUUGAUCAGCUUUGCCACUUCCUGGUCACAGUUCCCAUGACUCUCUCUCUUGCUUAAUGGAAACCAGGGAGAACGGAGCAGGGAACUGCUAGGGUGGGAAGCCACAGAGGGAGAAACCCGACUGCUCUGCCUUAUCAGGGAGCUGCACCUGCUGUCACAUCAGGUUCCCACUGAACCGGGGUGCCAUUUGCUGAGAUGCAGAUUCCCCUCCAGAAUUUGAGAGCGGAUUGUGGACACCUGAGAAACUUACAGCGCAGCAAUGAUGAGCAAAGCAAGGAUUCAAAACUAUCUGCACGCAUGCUGUCAGAUUCUGUGGCAGGGUGGGGAAACGCCUUUUUGAAAUGUCGAGGGUCCUCAAACUCUCCUUUCUAGAGCAGACUGGUGUAGGGCAGGGGGGGGGGUUAAUUUCCAAGCUGAUCCUCUCCAGGCUUUGCAUAUCUGGUUUUCUAAACGGAGAACUGUCAGAGCAAAGUGUAUGGACAUGUGCAGGAAAUCUGCCGGAGCCUUAACAUGGCCUUUGCAAGUAGUUUUCUGGACAGCGUUCCUGUGCUUACAAAAAGCCCCUCCUGGAAAUGUGGCAGCCCCAUCUAGCAAGGAAGGCUGGCUAUAGCCCCGAUCGACCAGCCAAGAAGGAGGAGGAGGAUCAGGCGAGAGAGACUCACACGAUUGGUCCUGCCCACAUGGUUCAAUAUACAGAUGCUUACUGCAGCAGUGUGGGAUCGCCACGAAGAAGCAGUUCCCACACCGCUGAGACCCGAAGCUCCCGUCACUCACAGGGCUCUCAGCCUGGCCUGGCCGAUCAAGCCAAACUCUCCUUUGCUUCUGCCGAGUCUCUGGAAACCAUGUCUGAAGCUGAGCUGCCCAUUGGGUUUAACAGGAUGAACCGGUUCCGGCAAAGCUUGCCUUUGUCCCGUUCCACCAGCCAAACAAAACUCCGGUCUCCAGGUGUCCUUUUCCUGCAGUUUGGGGAUGAAACGAGACGGGUUCACAUCACCCACGAAAUCAGCAGCAUGGACACUCUGCAUGCCCUUAUUGUCCACAUGUUUCCUCAGAAGCUGACAAUGGGCAUGCUCAAGUCCCCCAACACUGCCAUCCUGAUCAAGGACGAAUCCCGUAACGUCUUCUAUGAGCUGGAGGAUGUCAGGGAUAUCCAGGAUAGGAGCAUUAUCAAAAUCUACCGGAAAGAGCCCCUUUAUGCUUCCUUCCCCGGAUCCCACAUCACCAACGGAGACCUGAGGAGAGAGAUGGUCUACACUUCCAGGGAGUCCUCUCCCACCCGGCGCCUAAACAGCAUGUCACCUGCUUCUCACCUCACCUCUGGAUCGCCUCCACCAGUGCUCCAGUCGUCUUCGCCGUCCCGCUCCCGCAUGUCCUACAGCGGCGGGCGCCCGCCUUCCUACGCCGGCAGCCCCGUGCACCAUGGCGAGCGGCUCUCCAACCUUCCUCCAGCCCAGGGGGUCUCUCCGAGCCCAAGUGCUAUCCUGGAACGGCGGGACGUCAAGCCAGACGAAGACAUGGCCGGGAAGAACAUGGUGCUCGUGAAGAACGAGGGCCUGUACGCCGACCCCUACAGCAUGGUGCACGAAGGGCGCCUGAGCAUCACGUCCACACAAUCCCUGGCUGGGAUGGGGGACCCCUUUGCCUACCCAGGGGGCCUCUACAAGCGGGGCUCUGUCCGUUCCCUCAGCACCUACUCAGCUGCUGCCCUGCAGUCUGAACUGGAAGACAGCUUAUAUAAGCCUAACGCACAGAUCUACAGCGACACCUACGGUCCGGGGAUGGGCUUCCGCUUGCCCCCUUCAUCGCCGCAGAAAAUUGCCGACGGCCGGCUGGUAGACGUUCAGCAGAGCCAAAGCCCCCACAGCCCUUACUCAGGGCCCCCAAGCCGUUCCUCUCCAGUCCGCCAGACCUUCCGCAAAGACUCUUGCUCCUCGGUCUUCAUGGAAAGCCCUGUCAACAAGCCAAGGAAUCCCAGCUCUUCAGGGCCCCCAGAGCUCUUCCCUGGACCUGGGGAACGCCCCCUUUCUGGGUUCAGCUCACCUGUGCCUGCCAAGGAUACGGAAACAAGGGACCGUAUGGAAGCCAUGGAGAAGCAGAUUGCCAGCCUCACAGGACUGGUGCAGAGUGCCCUGAUGCGAAGCUCCGACACAGAAAAUCCUAGUGAGAGGACAGAAGGGACUAACGGAGGGACGCCUCCUUCAGCACCCCCCAGCAGAAGCAGCGUUGGGACACCUGUACAUGGUCCUCCACCCCCACCCACUUCUGGGACACCGGCUGGGCAGCCCACUGCCAUCACCCGUCUACACAUGCAGCUGCAUCUUCACGACCUGCAGCAGAAUGCCAGCGACCUCCGCAACCAACUGCAGCAGCUGAAGAAACUGCAGCUUCAAAACCAAGAGACGGUGAAGACGAUGCUGAGGCGGACAGAGACGGAGAUCAGUGUGAGAGUGACAGACACCAUGCGCAAGCAGGAGGAUCCCCUGCAGCGCCAGCGCACCCUGGUGGAAGAAGAGCGUCUCCGUUACCUCAAUGAGGAAGAGCUCAUCACCCAACAGCUAAACGACCUGGAGAAAUCGGUGGAGAGGAUCCAGAAAGAUUUGAUGCACAAUCACCGAAUUAUCUCCUCGCAAGAGCUGGAGGAGAAAUCCCUGGUGCUUAAACAGCUGGGAGAUACCUUGACCGAGCUGAAAGCUAAUUUCCCCAGCCUGCAGAGCAAAAUGCGCGUGGUCCUCCGCGUGGAGGUGGAGGCCGUGAAGUUCCUCAAGGAAGAGCCGCACCGGCUGGACGGCCUAUUCAAGCGGUGCAAGGCGGUGACGGACACCCUGACGCAAGUCCGCAAGCAAGUAGACGAAGGGGUCUGGGACUCAUCCAGUAACCUCCUUAGCCAGUCUCCAAAGAAAGUGGAGCCGGAAAGUGACUUCAGCAGGGGCUUGGAUUUUGAAUUACCCACCAGCCCCCCGAUGAACCUCCACGACCUGACCGCUUCCACAGACAGCCUGGGCACGAGCAGCUACGGGCAGAGCCAAAUGCAGAGCCACAUGUCCAAGGGCAGCAACCCAUCCCGGGGUUCAGAGAUGGUUGCUGCCAAGACCCAGACAGGCUCCGAGACCCCCAGCAAGAGGAGCGUGGACAGAUCAAUGUCUAUGGAGGCUGCUGAGCGAGACUGGGAGGAAAAGCGAGCAGCCUUGACCCAGUACAGCGCUAAGGAUAUUAACCGCCUCCUGGAAGAGACCCAAGCUGAGCUUAUGAAAGCCAUCCCCGACUUGGAGUUUGCGGCCAAGCACAAGCAGACCUCCAGCAGUGGUGGCAGUGGGAGCGCCGCCUCCACCCCAGAGCACAAGCCCUCCAAACCCCAACAUGCACAGAAGGCCACCACCAAAAUGGACCCCAGCGGCCGCCGCGGAUCAGAUGAGUUGACGGUGCCCAGAUAUCGGACUGAGAAGCCCUCCAAGUCUCCUCCCCCACCCCCACCUCGGCGGAGUUUCCCAUCCUCCCACGGUCUCACAACCACCCGUACAGGAGAGGUGAUCGUCACCAGCAAAAAGGAAUCCAGUUUCAUGAAGAAAGCCGAAUCAGAAGAGCUGGAGACUCAGAAGCCGCAGGUGAAGCUGAGGAGGACUGUGUCAGAGGUCGCCAGGCCUGCCUCAACGCCCCCCAUCAUUGCCUCUGCCAUCAAAGAUGAUGACGAGGAAGACCGAAUCAUUGCAGAGCUCGAGGUAUUUCAGAGAAGCUCUUCAUUUAUUCCUAAGUUCCAUUGCGACCAGCUCGCCCCUGCCGCAGACAUGUGGCCCAAUGGGGCCACCAUAGCAGCCGAAGGAUGGAAGGAGUCAGGACUCUCAAAACCUCCACCUGAUUACAAUUCCCACCUCCCUCAGAUUACCAUUUCUGAGUGGGUGUCCAGCUUGACAUUUCCUGAAUCUCAGCCAGAAGCUGAUAAGGGGGUAUGCAACCCUCGGACCCGUUAUCACCAAUGCACCAGAGGACAGACAGGAGUCAUUGGACGGACUAUGGUGGAAACGAGGGAGAGCCCAGAGGUCUUGUUGGGAAAGCUGAGCAAGGAUGAAAGGAAGCCGAAAGGAGGCCUGUCCAAUAAGGCCUCAACAUGCAGUCAUUCUCUGGCAGCUAAAGUGAAAUCUCAUAGAUAUCUGCCUGGAACUGGUCUUAUUUGUGACACUGAUCAUGGGGGAGAAGGAGGCUUGGAAGCAUUUGAAAAAACGAAAACUUCACUGGAAGAUGAAAUUGUUCAACUUGGAGGAGAAGAUGCUAUAUUUGUGAAAGUUGGGGGCAAGCAAGCAAGUAGUCUACAGACAACUGUCCAAGGGAUUGGGGCCCAUUCAAAACAAAACAAAGCACCUGUUGUCACACUUGAAUAUAAGACAUUUUCUUCACCAAUAGAAAGAGGUGAUGUGUUCAUAGGGUUGGAUAAGAGAAGCAACACUGCAGAAUCAAAAAACGAAGAAGCCAAUCAGAACACAGAAGAUGUUCCAAUAGCUUUGAAAGGCCCUGGUGUUGCUAUUGUACCAAUGGCGAGAGGUCAUCUGACAGAUGCUUCAGAAAUGCAUUCUCCCUUGCAGCAUCCAGAAUCCCCUGGGAAUAAAGAAGUCAUUGGGUAUGACGCAGCAUCCCUGGCUCCUGUUGGUGCCAGCACAGACAAGGACGAGAUAGACACAGGUUUAGAAGACAAGCAAAAGGAAAGCACUUUUCUUGAUGAUGUGACCGUAAGAAGCCGAGAGAUUUGCAAAGACACUUACCAAAGGCUGGACAACCUGGAAGAGACCAUCAGAGAACUCGAAAUGACUAUCGGUGAAAUUAGCCGCCAGGCAUCUACUGAGCUUAUAUUUGCUCAAAAUCACAUUGGGCCUCUGGGCUCAGAAAAUGGCAACAACGGAGAAUGGAAGGUGGGCGUGCACAUGCCCAAAUGCAACCAUGCCGUUUCGGUGGUUGUGCAGCCCGACUGCCAUGAUUUAAAACAGUACGAAGCAAGCAACAGCACACCCAAGACUUCUCCAACCGGCUCUAAACCUCCUCUGCUGCCCAAACCUCGGUUCCUGUUGAACGACAACCCACAGAGCGGCGGUGGCGUCUCGAUCCCUGCCAUGAAGAUGGUCAAUCCUGCAUCACGGCUGAAGCAAACCCAGCAAGGCAGCCCCGACAAGAGCAAGCACAUAAAGCAACGCAUGGAGUACAUGCGCAUCCAGGGACAACAACAGGCCGCUAGAUCAACCAAGGACCCUAACACGAUGAAUGAGACUUCAAGCCCAGUCUCAGAAAAGCCUACUUCGAGCAGGACCUCCAUCCCAGUACUGACUUCCUUUGGGUCACGGAACUCCUCCAUUUCAUUCUAAAAGCCAACUUCUCCUUUGGUUGUUUUCCUAACCUACUGCUACUGGGGGACUGGGGAGUGCUUGCCGUCUCUCUUUGUGAUUUCCUCCUCCCCAGGCCUCACUGAGGCACCUAGAAAAGUCCCUCCCCUCAGACGUUUUAAAAUGUUCCUUCAAAAAUGGCUGCCCUGCGGGUCUCAUUUCCUCCUACAAAAUGGCCAGCCUUGGGACUUGGUUCCUGCUCCCCACAGGGCCGACUUCCAAUACCCAGAAUGGCCAAUUUAGUUUACUCUCUUGUCUUCUUCCCCCAAAUUGGCCAGCCUAUUUAUUCUUUUCCUCCCCUCUUGCUACAAUAUGGCUGCCCAUCUAUUUUCGGUUUCCCCUCAGAUCUCCCAACCCCUUCCUUUGCCCCACUCCCCAUCCACCCCAACCUUAACUUUUCUACUCUGGCAACAACUUAACGUUGUUCAUGUAUAAAGAACAAUUAAGAAUUAUUUUUAUUUAUAUUUUUGCCAGUUGCCACAGCCUGCAAGCAACGACGACACUGCUCAGUGCCAGUCUUCGCUAUUCCUUUACGAGGGGGUGGGAGAAAGGGGGCAGAAUCACUACAGAGGCUCAUAAAAGGGGAGGGGAGCAACUAAUUUCUGGAGAUGCCUCAGAACCCCGUGGACAUUUGCUGCUAUUCAACUUUCCUUACAUUUAAGAAGAGAGAGAGAAAAAGUUGUAAUUAAUUGAUUAAUGUGGAUCCUUGUAGGUGUGUGCUGAGUCAUUCAUGAAUCAACGGUGUUUUGACUUUGGGGCAUGUGUAUGCUUCCAUUUUGUGGGAUUCUGUUGUUUACUUGCUGUAUCAAAGACUGUUCUGGAAAGUGGGGCGGAACUUGUGUGUGUGCGUGCGCGCAUCGCAAACCGAAAUAUCUGUGUGUGGUGUUGUGUAUUUUUUCAUUCUUUCUUUCUUCCAAGCCAUUGGAUUAAAUUUGGAAGAAAAGCAAAGACUGGGGGGGGGAGCACUGAAUUUUGAGCCUGUAAUAAUGCUCCCCCACCCCCUCACGAUCUUCUCAACCAUGCAGAAGCAACGUACUGUUAAGAAAGGGGAAAGGAGACUCUUAUAAGAAGGGGCACGGAGCCAAAGCAGGCAGCAGAGCGAUGUUGAGAACAGGGUCCGGAAACAGGAAAGUCAAGCUUCCUGUGGAAUUAAUCAACAUAAUGUAGCACUUUAAAUGUCCGUUGAGUUACUAUAUAUGUGAGAUGGGGGGAAAGAGCCCUCAAAACGUGUGGAAUACCAAAUAGAGGAGGCAGGUUUCAGGGAGAACGGUGUCAGGGUAUCAAAGAAACUGGGCGGUGAAGGAGAGUUUGGGGAGAAUUUGAAGAAGGCCGAAGGAGGUGAAAUUAGGCCCUUUUCUAAGCACGAGAUUUUGGUGGGCAAAAUACAGUGGAGGCAGGUGAACAAGCGACUCUCCUUUGCUUAGUUCCUGCAAAGGUUCCUCCUAGGAUAGACUGUGAAGCUUUGCUGGAAAAAGAAAAGCACCGAGUAGCCAGGCAUGCCGAUAGCUGGCAUGGGCAGAAAAUCCACCUGCCACCCAACCGCCUGUGGAGUCUCUUCCAGGCCAGGAGAAGAGGAUGGCAGGGCUAUAGAGCAAAACAAAGGACUGUUGGGAAAGUCCUUUGUUUCAGUGGGGUUUGCACAGGAGAAUUCCCCAUUGGAUUGUGCCCCCAAAUAAGACUGGCACAGAGGGUUUUUUUUAGAAGGCUUAGUUCUGCCGAUGGGGUGAUUGGCCACGAAGCUCAAGUUUAUACCUCUGGGGACCUUUCUCUUGGGCUUGGAUAGAAAAAAAUCAGCUUUGGGCGAAAGGUUUGGUGGGUUAUUAAAGCUGUGUUUAUUCUCGAUCUGCGAGAGGUGGAAGCUUUUGGUUUUUUCCUGAAAGAUUGCGUGUGGCAUUUGGGCCGCGGAAAGCACAACGGGGAGUUGAAAAAGGAUAAUCAUGACAGCACAAGGA